AUGCCGGCAAAAUGGAGAACCAAGUCGGGCUGCUUGACAUGUCGCACGCGGCGCAAGAAAUGUGACGAGGAGAGCGGCACUUGUCGAGCUUGUCGUCGGAACCUCUUGACCUGUAUCUGGCCAUUGAAGGGGGCUGUGGAUACCGAUUCGACAGCGAUUGUGAAGAACACGUCAAGCAUCGACAUUGCGGCCCAUUGCUUAACCACGUUUCAUAAUCGAGCCGAGGAGUCACUAUUCACAUACUUUGCUUCAAGUGUAUUACCACACCUUCUCAUUCCGGGGACGCCGCGGGCAUCGCGUGAUGACCUACUGGCGAUGGGCAUGGCCAGUCCUCCGCUCCUGAAUUCGCUCCUUGCCUGCGCUGCGUUGUUCCAGUCGGGGACGGAGGAAAGCAGAAUGCGCGAAGCUCUGAAAUACUACUCAAAUGCGCUCGGAAUCACGCGAUCGAUGAUUGAGAAUUCAACACUGGAAGGAACAGAGGACUGGCUGUUGGUUGCAACGUUAGCCAUGUGUAUUUUUGAGAGAGCCCAGCCUGGACCAUCCUGCGGUGCAAGCAGCCACUUACUUGGCGCGUCGCGCAUCAUGGCCAUGAAGAUGGAAAGGGCCGCUGAAUUUGAACCAGAUGAAGAAUCAACUAGGGGAAUGACUUGUUCUGCAUCCUUAAUAUACCAUGCCUCGACAAUGACGCUCAUGUCUCCGACCACUAUGUCAAUUGCCGAUUCGGUAUGCUGGGACCAGGUCCAAGAAUAUCUCGAGACAACUCAGCAGUCACCACUAGCUAUGCCCCCGGCGCUAUGUCGCAUAAUGCUGGAAAUAUCCCAGCUCGCAAGCCGAAUCCCGCUCAGUUAUGAUGACAGACUGCUGGUGUGCUCCCUGCGGCUUGAGCUCAGUGCGUGGCUGAUUCCGCAGUCUGGUGCUGACGGAGAGAACGCGGCACCCGGGACGGAUAUUCAAAAGGCAGCGGAGCUCUAUGCACUGACAGCCGACAUCGUCCUUAUGAAGAUAGCGCAACCUGACGUCGGCGCAGGGGACAGCCGGAUUCAACAGCGGGUCAAACAGAUCCUGAGCAAUCUGAAAUCGGACGUACAGGGGAUAUUUUGGAAUCAACACUAUUCAUGGCCGUUUACGAUUCUCGCCUGUACUGUGCAAAAAGAGGCCGAGAUUGUGUUUUUACUAGGCCGACUACAAAGAAUGUGGGAAUGCUCACAUUGGGGAGACAUCAGACGGACAAUUCAUCUUUUGGCCAGUAUUUAUCGACGACGAAAGGCAUCUGGGCAGUUUAAUUGCCCAAAGAGCCCAAACUCAGAAAACACCGUUGAGCCGUUUGAUUUACUGAUUCGACCCGAAGGUAUCUCGAGUCUUAUAGGGACAUAA